AUUCCCCGGCACAUAAGUUCGCAAAUUAAGUGCAAUGAAAGCUGCCUUACUCGCGUUCUUCCUGACGGCUUCGCUGUUGAAGCAUCUUUCUCCUGUUGACGGUAGCAAAGAAACGCGGGACACGAAACCGCCUCUUCAAAGUUUGGACGGUAAAUGUAACGCCUACUGUUUUUCGCUGCUCAGGCCAGUCCUCGAUAACUAUGUGCAAAUAAAACCGGAAGCAGAUUACUUAAAAAAUAUGUCAGGUACUAUUGAAGACCUCAAAAAUAAGUUGUUCCUUGCUAACAGUCAACUAAAAUACAAGGAAGACGUUAUCAUAGAGAAAAAUGAACUAAUUAGGGAAAAAGGUGAAAUAUUAAAGGAAAAAAACGAGCUAAUUAUGGAACAACUAAGGCUUAAAGAUGAUAAGGCAAACGUAGCAAGUGCCGCGUGUCAAGUACAAACCAAAGAGCUAGUGAAUGCAAAGGUUAGGGAAAUCAAUGAUCAUGUUGUGCAGCUUAAAGAAAAUGAUAUUUUAAUAAAACUAAAAGAUGAGAAAAUCGAACUGCUAAGUGAGCAGUUGAGGAUCAAAGGGGAAAAAGUAAAUGACAUAACAGCAAAAAUAAAAGACCUGCAAGCCCGGUUGGAAAGUGCCGAAAGGCUUUUGGGGGUUAAAAACGCGGAAAUUAGUGCCAAAGCUGAAGAACUAAAAACCAAGGACGGAAUAAUCUCCGAUCAAAGUGAAGCAAUAAAGAACAAUGACGAGAAAGUGAGUAAUAUGACAGCAAACAUUGAAUACUUAAAAGGUCAAAUCCAAGCCAAAGAAGAUCUGUUGAAUGCAAAAGCAAUGGAACUGAAAAGCAAAGAUGAGGAAGCUAAUGUCAAAAGUAACCAACUCAAGCUGCUGAAUGAACAGAUUUUAGGCAAAGACAAGGAAAUCGAUGCUCUUAACCAGAAGAUUAAAUCCCAUUCGGAAACCAUAACGCAAGACAGUUGUCCAAAGGGACGUCCAGGUGGCACUUACAAAAUAAACGUAAAAGGCAUGGAUAUGUUUGAAGCUCCCUGCAAUUCCUCUGGUUGGAUGACUAUUCAAAGGCGGCAGGAUGGAUCAGUCAGCUUUGAACGGAACUGGGACGAUUAUAAGAAUGGAUUUGGAGACCUAAAGACGGAGUUUUUCAUCGGCCUGGAAAAACUGCACCAGCUAACCAAGAAACGACACGAACUCUACCUUCGGCUUGAGCUCAAUGGAACCUCCAAAUUCGCUCGUUACGAUAAUUUCAAAAUAGGGAGCGAGCAGCAACAGUACGAGCUCAGCUCGAUAGGAACAUAUUCCGGGACAGCCGGAGACUCGCUGGUAUAUCAAACGAACAUGAAGUUCAGCACUUUUGACCGGGAUAAUGACAACAGCCCUGAAAAUUGCGCUAGGAAAUAUCCCGGCGGUGGGUGGUUUAACAAUUGCUUUAUGAGUCACCUCAACGGAAUUUACCAUACGAGUGGGAAAUGCCCGGAAAGAGGAGUUAGUUGGUAUUACUGGGAUGGCCUAUAUACGACCUCCCUAACAUUUGUUGAAAUGAUGAUCAGGCCAGUAUCCUAAUUUUGUAAACCCGAUUGAUAAAUGUAAAUAAAUGGAAGAUUUGUUAAAAUAAACAAGUUUUGACAUAUUUCUAUGUAGAAAUAUUUAUAAAGUUUGCAAGCAAUUUGAAAAACGUGACUGGGUCAGUGAUCACUUUUGCAAAGUCACAGUUCACCGAGUCGCAGUUUUCAAACUUCUGCCCAUCGCUAGCUCAGCCUGCCUAUCGAACAAUUUGCGCUCCAAUUUUGCCAACAUCUAAAAAUUCCAUAUUGAAUUCCAUUUUGAUCCUUAUUGAUCAAAUAAUAUAGUUUAAUUAUUAAAUGGAGUUCAAUCAGCAUGUGGAUGCCGCCCUCGCCGCAUUUGUGGAGAGCACCAAGUUCUUCAGGGAAAUGGGCGAUGCCAUGUCCGAGUUCAGUGACAACGAGGAGAUCCAAAGACUGCUGGAGGCCAGCGCCCAGCAGCGCGUGGAGCAUGCCGAGAACCUCAUCCGGCUGAAGAGCAAGCACCAGUCGCUCAGCCAGGAGCUGCAGAAGGCCCAAGGCGAGAGCGCCACCAUCGAGGAUUUCGAGAGGAUCUGGCAGGAGCGCAGCGAGGCGGUGGAGCGGAAGCGCAUCAAUGUCAAGAACAUCGCCGACUUCAAGAACUUCAAGCGCACCGUGGAGUCGGCAGCGGGCACGGGAUCUGCGCAGAAUGGCCAGGCGAAUGGUGCUGCCCGGGAUGAUAAAGACGACGACGACGACGACGACCUCAUCAUCGAAGGUGUUGAGGACACCGGCGGCGAGAUCUUCUCGCUCUACGACCCCUGGUCCAAGGCGCUGAUGAAGAACCCGGUGCGGAACAGCAUGUGCGGCCACAUCUACGACCGCGAUUCGGUGAUGCUAAUCAUCAAGGACAACAUCGGCAUCCGGUGUCCGGUGCUCGGCUGUGCCAACAAGACCUACAUCCAGCCGGCGCACCUGGUCGAGGACGCCAACGUCCGGCGGAAGGUGCGACAGCAGAUGGCCGAAGAGGCUGCGACGGAGGAGGGCAGCUCGGAGGAGGAAGACGAGGAUUGAGCCGGAAUCUGUGAUCCCCAGAGCCUAAUGCUAAGGUUCACGAAUUAUAUCUGAAGGAAUCUGAACGAUAGAAAUGAAUGAUGCUUGGAGAGAAUUUAGUGUUCAAAUUCCAUAACUAUACAAUAGGAAGUAUUUAUUAUUAUCGCUUCAUAAGUAAGUGUCUCAGAGAUUGAAUCAUACAUAAAGUACAAAACACAAAACUGUAUAAUAAAUAACAAUAAAAACUUGUAAAAUAAGCUUGGAAAAUAAGA